GCCGAUACAUUGCAUUGUUAACAUGUCAUUAUUAUAAUUAAGAUAUUUGACACUACCGUAAUAGCACGAUGGGCACUGCAAACAGUUAUUGGCAUAGUUUAGCCUCUAUGUGUAAAUUAUCCACAAAUACAGGAAAGAAAUUUACAUACACGAGAUGUAAAUACUUACAAACAAUACUUACACUUUUAUUCAACUCACACGUGCACAGGCGCAGAAAAAUCCAUUUCUUUGCAUCUGUGUGGUUACUGUAAUGUUAUACUUCUGUUCCGUAAACAAGACGAACGUGUGUACGUAUAUAUCCAUAUCUAUGUAAUCAGGCGUCGUGUCGGCAAAAAAUUGAGAUAAAAUACAGUUUCAUGUAAAUUUGUAAUCGCGUAAAAAAGACAAAUGACGCACAGCACUCGGGGAAUUAUCACAUCGUGUCGGUCGACCUCACACCGGCGGGUCAUCGUAAAUUAUACCAAUCGUGUAUUAUAGCUAAGCGAACAGUUCCCGCGGCGUGAGCACUCGGUGCGAUGUACACCGCGCUCGUCUAUUUUAUUUUCCUGUCCGGCGUCACGUCAUUCUCGACGACUCUCAACUUGAGCGACUUCUUUACCGACCAGUCGCACAACUUCAUAAAUUUCCUCGAGGAGCGCGGCAACGAGAUGGAGGAAGCUUUCUCCUCGAGCUACGCGCGCGCAAUGAAGAUGAAGAACACCUUCGACAACUACGUGGAGGAGCAGCAGAACAAAAUCAGCACCGAGAUAAACAGCUACAUAGAGAAUGUGAAGGACCGAGGCCAACAGAUCGCCAACUCGUUCUCGUACGUGCCGACACAGGACGCUGCAUCCACCCUACCCAGCCCUGACGCCGUGCUCACGGUGCCGGCCCGCGUCGUACGUCUCGGGUAUAACUGCGAGACGCACACUGUCAUAUCUCAGGGAUACAUCCUGAAUUUGCACAGAAUUCCCCAUUCGAAGGAAGGCGGCAACAUUUCUUCCAAGACAGUGCUGCUCCAGCACGGUCUGUUUGCCAGCUCCGCGGACUGGAUCCUGAAUGGGCCGAACAAGGCGCUGGCGUACGUGCUCGCCGACGCCGGCUACGAUGUCUGGAUGUCUAACAUCAGAGGCAACGUAUACUCCGCCGAGCACGCCUCGCUCAAAAGGAAUACUAAGUCGUAUUGGAAUUUUUCGUGGCACGACAUCGCACUUUAUGAUAUCCCCGCCGUUAUUGACUAUAUAAUGAAGCUGAAAGGAGAAGACACGAAGAUUACAUACAUCGGCCAUUCGAUGGGCAGCACCAUUCUGUUUGCAAUGUUAUCCUUGCGACCGGAGUACAACAGAGUGCUGACGGCGGGGUACGCGCUUGCGCCGGUCGCCUUCAUGUCAGACAUAAAGUCACCUAUAAAGGCUCUCGCGCCGCUUGCCAGCAAUGUGGCACAUAUGGAAAUGCUGUACGGUUCCCAUGAAUUUUUACCUAAAAACUCAAUGUUCGGGAAGCUUGUCACUUCAUGCAGUAUUGAGUACGUCGACAACAAACUUUGCAGAAACGCUAUCUUUCAAAUUUGCGGCGAAAACGAGAAGCAAUAUAACGAGACGUUGCUGCCAGUCUUUUUGGCACAUUUCGGUGCAGGGACGUCAUGGAAAACGAUUGUGCACUACGCCCAGGAAAUUGUAGCCAAGGGAAGGUUCCAAUUUUUCGACCUGGGCCCUUGGAACAAUAAAAAGAUUUACGGCAAGGAAAAACCUCCUGAAUAUGACUUGAGUAAAAUAACGUUGCCUAUAAAAUUAUUCUGGGCUCAAAAUGAUUUGUUGUCGACGGAGAAAGACGUAAAACAUCUGCAGGAGAGUUUGCCGGCGACAACGGAUGUCUACCUGGUCCCAGACCCUAAGUUCAACCACUUAGAUUAUUUGUGGGCGAUCAACGCGCCAUCUUUGCUUAACAAUGAGAUUUUAACAUCCCUACAAAACUCAUUCGGAAAUUCUACAAACUCUUAAGUUUCAUUUUAACUGUUUCGUAUUUUAUUUAUUACUUGCAUAGCGAGAUGCAUCGACUGGCUCGAGAAGCAUCGUAUAACAAUGUAAAUAAGAAAUAUAUGUACAUAAUAGUUUGUUAAAUUUUAUGUUAGUGUAAAUUUAUAUACUU